AUGAUUGAGACUCUGAUGGCUUAUGGUGCUACAAAAGAUUUGGAAGAAACUGUUGGAAAUAUUCUUUCAGUUGCGGUCUUGGGAAAUAUGAAGAUUAUUUUGAAGAAAGAUGAGUUCAUAAAGAAGAAGGUUGUACUUCAGAUAGAAGUUCAGAAGGAGGUUUACAAAGUUACAUGUACAAGUGUCUUGAUGCCUACCAAGACAGGAAGUGGAGCCACUAGCAAAACUCCUCAAAAGAUAACCCCUGAUUUGACUACAUCUAUCAAGAAGAAGAAGCUAAGGAAGAUGAAGGAUGAGGGUUCUUCUGAAUUUGGAGUUUCUCUUGUGCCAAAAGAGGUUACUACUCAUGCUCUUGAAACUAUUGUGGAAGAAUGUCAAGUUGCUUCAAAUGUUGUGGAGAUUUUUCUCACAGGUAAUCCUCUAAAUUUUGUCUCUGAUAAUGUUUUAAAUUCUUCCAUUUCACCUCUCUUGACCAAGUUAGCAACCCCAACUCCACCUCAAUCUCGUUCACAAUCAUCAGAACAUGCACCCUCACCAAAACUUGACUAG